AUGGAGACGAUGGAGAUAUUAGGGAUAUGCUUUGAGGAUGCCAGAUACAAAGUUGCCUUAUCAGACAUGAUCGUGACUGUUUGCAUAUUCUUCUGGAGUGUUCUCUACAACAUUCCAAGAUGCAUCAUGUUGGAACCUACGAUGUACUGGGAGAGGAGCAUCAAUCACAGCUGGAUUCGACUCGAACCGACAAAACCUUCUAUGAACAUUGACUUCCUCGUCAUCUACUUUGGUUAUUUUGCUACAAUUUUCAAAGUGGUCAUUCCUAUCGUGAUUGUGAGCGUGGCUAACGCCAUCCUCCUGUGCUGUCUGCGCAGGCGCAACUCCGCCUUCGUGGAGCAUGUACAGAUCUCCAAUGACGCCGCACGGAACGCCCCUAGCAACGAUUCUAGGGUCACUACCGUAGUGUUUGCCAUCACCUGGACUUUUCUCAUCAGCCAGACGUUUGCAGGAGCCCAAGUGCUACUUCUGCUGACGGGCCACAACGCCUGUGGGGACCCCUGCCAUCUGUUUAAUCAGGUGUGUGACCUAGUUUUCGUCCUGGUCUCGGCAACAAACUUCCUGCUCUACUACGCCUUCGGCCAGCGUUUCCGCCGUAUCAUUCGUGGAUACUUCUGCAAGUCCCACGUCACGAGCACGCGAAGGUAUACAUUCAGCAGUGCCUCCAACGAGAUGAGGCUCUUGGGUCGGAACACGACGUUCACGAGGAGCGAGAGAAGAUUCUCGGACCAGAGUCAGUCGCAGGUGAUGGAGACGAGACUGUUGAGCAAGUCCGAUGCCUGACGGGUGGAACAAGGGAACUGUUGUUGUUUUGUUGAAAGAGAACAAAAUAACGCACACUAAAGAUACUAAUCCACGGCACUAGGAGCAUUCUAUGUUCAAAUCCUAGCCCGAUGGGGAGAAACGAUUCUGGUCCUGGAUUGCCUCGACGUAGACAACCUACAAGGAUGAACAUUCUGUCAUAUCUAAGACAGACGUGAAGACUGCUUCUCAGCUAAUCCUGUCGAUGAAAAAGCGGAUGAAAAACGUCUUUUCAAGCUCAAAUGUAAAACAUUUACUUUUAAAUGAGACGAUAUUGUUCACGCAGAACUUAACCACAUCUGUUAUAGGUGCCCUGUGUUAUCUGACUCACAUAGCACACAGAGGGCUCUCAGCAAGGCAAACAUUUCAAUGUUCUGAUCAAACGUCUGACUCGAACCGAAAAGAAUUGUAUUAGAAAAAAAAA